CCUGCUCACUCCGUCACCGUCGUCCUCGACGUCGAACACCAUGAUGGCGGCCGCCGUUGCGAUGCCGAACCAUCCGUUCAUCUCCUACCUCGACAGCGCACUCUCACUGUGCCAUCCAGGCGCUGAUCGCGACACUACACUUCCCCUAUACGAGGGCCCAGCUUCGCCUCAAAUGCAUAAAGUACUCGGCAUGCUGUCGGAGAUCGUCCACAGAAUGCACUCCGCAGAAGACGAGGUCGAAGCACUUCGCACCGGCCAGGCUUGGCCAACAACUCGCCCAGAUAGCAAGAAGAGACGAAGGGUAGAGCCUCCAUCUGCAAAUGCUGAUCAUCAACUCAUUUAUCAGCCAAAGCCCACAAGGGCAUUUUCUAGAUUGUCAGACGGACAUUCGUCCCAGCUGCAUCUCAACGGCACAAGUGGAGCUAGCCGCGAACCAAGUAGUAUGGACGUUGACCUCAAUUGGCCAUCCGUCACUGGUAGGCUGACCUUAAACGACAUUCGCUAUACCAUUCUUGAUCCCAAGCGACCUAAACCUACACGCACCAACUCUGCUCCUCCUCGGCAUACUUGUGCUACUUGUGGACGCAUCAUGCAAAGCUCAUGCUUCCCAACUUUUUCCUCUCCUGUCGAACGUACAGAUUCUCCCGCAAUUGUACCAUCAAACAACCCGCUUGCAGUCGCCGCGUUUGAGAGCGGCGUAGACGCCGUCGAGGAACUCUCACUGCUAAAGAGACAAGUUCAGGACGUCGCGCGAGUCUGCACGGCCGUCGCUGAAGGAGACUUGUCUCAAAAGAUCGAGGUCAGGGUGCAGGGCACGGUCAUGAUACAACUGAAGUCGGCCAUCAACUCUAUGGUGGAUAGGCUUGCUCAAUUUGCCCAGGAGGUCACCCGUGUCAGUCAAGAGGUAGGAACCGAUGGGAUACUCGGUGGUCAAGCAAUAGUCAAAGACGUGCAUGGCACAUGGCGGGAGCUGACCAAUGUCGUAAAUCACCUCGCAGCCAACUUGACGAACCAAGUCCGGAGUAUCGCUCACGUAACAAAAGCCGUAGCCAACGGGGAUUUGUCACAGGAGAUCGUCGUUGAAGCCAAGGGCGAGAUACUGGAGCUGAAAAAUACGGUCAACGGAAUGGUCCAUCAACUACGAACACUAGCUAGAGAAGUCACUAGAGUCACCAAACAAGUCGGUUCUGAAGGCAUAUUGGGCGGAGAAGCGAUUGUACCCGGCGUCGAAGGUGUCUGGUCGGACCUGACGAGUAACGUGAACCGAAUGUGCUCCAGCUUGACGGACCAAGUACGAGUGAUCGCGGCCGUGACGACAGCUGUAGCGAGGGGCGAUUUGACACGCAAGAUCGAGAUCCCGGUCGAGGGCGAAAUGGCGACUUUGAAGACAACGGUGAACUCGAUGGUGGACCAAUUGAGUAGAUUUGCGUCGGAAGUCACAAGAGUUACUCUUGAGGUCGGAUCGCAGGGCGUCUUGGGUGGUCAGGCGGAGGUCCCGGACGUGCAGGGUGUUUGGUUGGACUUGACACGCAAUGUCAAUAGGAUGUGCGCCAGCUUGACGGACCAAGUACGCUCUAUUGCUAUAGUGACUACCGCCGUCGCCAAGGGCGACUUGACGCGUAAGAUCGAGAUCCCGGUUGAGGGCGAAAUGGCAACAUUGAAGAUGACAGUGAACUCGAUGGUGGAUCAGCUGAGCGAGUUCGCUUCGGAGGUCACUCGCGUCACACUUGAGGUCGGAUCUCAGGGUAGGUUGGGUGGCCAAGCGGUCGUUCCGGAAGUAGAAGGUGUAUGGUUGGACUUGACACGGAAUGUGAACAGAAUGUGUGCCAGUUUGACAGACCAAGUACGAUCCAUCGCUAUUGUCACGACGGCCGUGGCCAAGGGAGAUUUGACACGGAAGAUCGAGAUUCCAGUCGAGGGUGAGAUGGCAACAUUGAAGACGACCGUGAACUCGAUGGUGGACCAAUUGAGCAGGUUUGCCUCUGAGGUUACCAGAGUCACGCUCGAGGUUGGUUCACAGGGCAGAUUGGGUGGUCAGGCUGUUGUCCCGGAAGUUGAGGGUGUUUGGCUAGACCUGACACGGAACGUCAACACGAUGUGCUCGAGCUUGACGGAUCAAGUACGCUCCAUCGCGGUCGUCACUACUGCCGUCGCGAAAGGAGACUUGACCCGCAAAAUCGAGAUACCCGUCGAGGGCGAGAUGGCCACAUUGAAAAUGACGGUGAACUCCAUGGUGGAUCAGUUGAGCGAGUUCGCUUCGGAGGUCACGCGUGUGGCACUCGACGUCGGCACAAAAGGUAUUCUCGGUGGACAGGCUAAGGUGGAGGGCGUACAAGGAACUUGGGCCGAUUUAACCACCAACGUCAACCGCAUGGCCACAAACCUCACGGAUCAGGUUCGAUCUAUUUCAGCCGUGACCAAGGCAGUUGCGAACGGAAACCUUGACCGGUGGGUCGACGUGGACGUGCAAGGCGAGAUGCUGGAUUUGAAGACGACCGUCAACUCCAUGGUUACCCAAUUAAGUGUCCUCGCUAAUGAAGUCACGAGGGUGUCGUUGGAAGUCGGAACUGAAGGGAAACUUGGAGGGCAGGCUGAGGUACCUGAGGUUCAAGGAACAUGGAAGGAUUUGGCCAACAAUGUCAACCUAAUGGCCAAGAACCUUACCGAUCAAGUCCGGUCUAUCGCUGAGGUGACGAAGGCAGUGGCCGACGGUGAUUUAACAAAGAGGAUCACCGUCGAUGUGAGAGGUGAAAUGUUGGACUUGAAGGCCACGGUGAAUGGAAUGACUGAGAGCUUGAGUCUAUUUGCGGAUGAGGUAACGAGAGUGGCGAGAGAAGUCGGUACAGAGGGAAGAUUGGGUGGACAAGCGAACGUCACGAAUGUUCGUGGAACUUGGAAGGCUCUUACCGACAACGUCAACACCAUGGCUAGCAAUUUGACCACGCAAGUCCGGACCAUUGCUGUCGCCACUACGGCUGUCGCACGAGGCGACUUGACUCAAAUAAUCACUGGCGUACCCGUCAUGGGAGAGAUGCUUAGCCUGGUCAAUACCAUCAACACCAUGAUCGACCAAUUGUCUAUAUUUGCAUCUGAAGUCAAAAAGGUCGCCAACGAGGUCGGAACUGAGGGUAAACUAGGUGGACAAGCCCAAGUCGGCAAUGUGCAAGGUAUCUGGCAAGAAAUCACCAUGUCUGUCAACACUAUGGCCGGCAACUUGACCACUCAAGUACGUGGAUUUGCGCAGAUAUCGGCCGCGGCCAUGGAUGGCGACUUCACUCGGUUUAUUACGGUCGAAGCCAGCGGAGAGAUGGACUCGUUGAAGAGCCAGAUCAAUGAGAUGGUAUUCAAGUUGAGGGACAGUAUCCAGAGGAACACGGCGGCCAAGGAGGCUGCUGAAUUGGCGAACAAGAGUAAAUCAGAAUUCUUGGCCAAUAUGUCGCACGAGAUUCGUACUCCAAUGAAUGGUAUCAUCGGCAUGACGGAGCUCACACUAGACAGUCAAUUGGAGUCAAGUCAACGCGAAAGCUUGUUACUAGUGCACAGUCUUGCCCGGUCACUACUAUUGAUCAUCGAUGAUAUCUUGGAUAUUUCUAAAAUCGAGGCUGGUCGGAUGACGAUGGAACAUGUCUACUUCUCAUUCCGUCAGACCGUCUUCGGUAUCCUCAAAACUCUGGUUGUUCGUGCUAAUCAAAACGACCUUGACCUCACCUACGACGUCGAUCCUGACAUCCCCGAUCUACUUAUUGGCGACUCGCUACGACUACGACAAGUCAUCACGAACCUGGUUGGCAAUGCCAUCAAGUUCACGCCGCCCAGAACCUUGAAGAAGGGUUCUGUUGCCUUGAGCUGCAGGCUCCUAGCUCUCGAUGGCGAGGGCGUAACACUGGAGAUCUGCGUUACGGACACCGGUAUCGGUAUUGCCAGAGAUAAACUCAGCCUCAUUUUCGACACAUUUGCUCAAGCUGAUGGUUCAACAACGAGGGAGUACGGUGGCACAGGUCUCGGUCUAUCCAUUUCGAAGCGCCUAGCGAACCUCAUGCACGGCACUAUGUGGGUGGAGAGCGACGUCGGCAAAGGCAGUAAAUUCUUUUUCACUAUCUCGUCUCAGCUCGGUUUCAUGUCCCUGGAGACAUUGCAGGCGAAGAUGGCGGUGUUCCAGAAUCGAACCAUCCUCUUCGUCGACACACGGCGCGACCAAACCAAUGUCGCACGGCAUAUAGAGGACCUUGGGCUCAAAGCCUAUGUCGUGCAUGACAUCGCUGUGUUAGAGAAGAGCGAGGAUCGUCCCCAUAUCGAUACAAUCGUGACUGAUUCUGCGGAAGUGACCAAGCAGGUUAGAAGCAACGUAUACUUGAGAUACAUCCCAAUCGUCUUGAUGGACGCUGGUGUUUUCCCUCUAAAUCUAAUGUGGUGUCUCGACAACGGUGUGAGCGCUCUGUUCACAACGCCAGUCUCAUGCCAAGAUCUUGCAUCGGCACUGGCAUCUGCCCUAGAAUCCAGCACUGUUGGCCCGCCCACUACCGCAGAUAAUGCCUCAUAUUCUAUCCUACUUGCGGAAGACAACAAGAUCAACCAAGACCUUGCUAAGAAGAUCCUCCACAAGCACGGUGACCACGUCGUCGAUAUGGCGGACAACGGGUCUAUCGCGGUGGACAUGUUCAAGGCUGCUGUCCAGAGGUCUCGGUCGUAUGAUAUUGUCCUGAUGGAUCUGUCAAUGCCGUUUAUGGGUGGUGUGGAAGCGACUGAACUGAUCCGUGCAUAUGAAAGGCACAACGACCUUCCUCGCACGCCGAUCAUCGCUCUAACAGCUCAUGCCAUGCUUGGCGAUCGCGAACGCUGUCUGGCGAAAGGCAUGGAUGACCACAUCACCAAACCACUACGACGGACUGAUCUUCUAGCAUCCAUCGACAAGCUCGCCGGGGCACGGGUCAAGGCGAAGGCAUUGCUGCCUGUGUUCCGAUGAUCUCCUCCUCUUUAUGACUUCUGUCUGUCGCUUCAACCCGUCUCGUUAUUCAUGGAUUUCAUACCCACGUAUAUUGCAUGUUACUUCUCUAUUCGCCACCAUCCCUUUGAUUCUUUACCCCGUCAUCCACCUUGCUUUCGUCUAUCUUAUUUUUUUUGUAGUCUCGCGUUUUGUCCGUUUCUGUCUCGCAUUUUUGUCAUGGCAUGAUGUAUCGUCCUAGUCUCUUUACUGUAUCCUGUAGUACCCGUCGCCUCGGAUGUACUCGCUAGUCGUGUAUCGUUCGAACUUCUUG